AUGAGUCUGCUGCAACCAGAGGCGAACGAUGCUGGCGAAGAGGUCCCCGGCGUGUACCGCUCGCUCAACUUCCGCAGUCUGCAGGACCCGUACUCGAACCGCGGCGGUGACACCAUGGUCAGUCGGUACAGUACGCUGCGGGCUGACAACCUCGAGACGAUGCUCAACGGCGGCCUCGAGCGCUUCUACAAGAAGUACAACCACCUGUCGCGCAAGAUCAACCUGCAGCUGCCGACGCCCGAGGUGCGCUUCGAGAACCUGUCCUUCUCGGUGCAGGUUCCGGCUGAAGCUGGCGCUUACGGCACAGUGGGGUCGCACCUGGCCUCCAUCUUCACGCCGUGGCAGAAGGUGCCCAUGACCACCAAGCACGCGCUGCACCCGAUGAGCGGCAUCAUCAAGCCUGGCUCCAUGACGCUGAUCCUGGCCAACCCUGGCGCCGGCAAGUCGACGUUCCUGAAGGCUUUGGCCGGCAAGCUGCAGGACAACAAGCAGACGGAGAUCAGCGGCCAGAUCCUGUACUCGGGUCUUCGUGGCGAGGAGAUUGAUCUCAUCAAGCUCGUGGGUCUGGUCGACCAAACGGACAACCACAUCCCGACGCUGACGGUGCGCGAGACGUUCAAGUUCGCCGACCUGUGCGUCAACGGCCGGCCGGAGGACCAACCGGAGGAGAUGAGAGAGAUCGCUGCGCUGCGCACGGAGCUGUUCCUACAGAUUUUGGGUCUGGAGAGCUGCGCCGAUACGGUGGUGGGCAACGCGCUGCUGCGAGGUGUGAGUGGUGGCGAACGCAAGCGCGUGACUGUGGGUGAGGUGCUGGUCGGUGGCCAGAGCCUGUUCCUGUGUGACGAGAUCUCUACGGGCCUGGACAGCGCUGCUACGUUCGACAUCAUCAAGGCGCUUCGUACCUGGUGCAAGACGCUGGGCGGGUCGGUGAUCGUGGCGCUGCUGCAGCCGACGCCCGAGGUGGUGGAGCAGUUCGACGACAUCCUGAUGGUCAACGAGGGCCACAUGGUGUACCACGGCCCGAGGACGGAGAUCUUGGACUACUUCGAGGAGCGCGGCUUCAGCUGUCCUCCGCGCGUGGAUCCGGCCGACUUCCUGAUCGAGGUCACGUCGGGGCGUGGCCACCGCUACGCGAACGGCAGGGUGGAGAAGCGGGACUUGGCCGUGACGUCGGAGGACUUCAACAACCUCUUCUGCCAGUCCAGCAUUUACAAGAAGACGCACGAGGCCAUCAGCAAGGGUUUCAACGAGCACCAGUUCGAGAACGCGGAGGACUUUCAGAAGGCUAAAAGCGUGGCCAACUUGGCCCGUUCGAAGCAGAAGUCGGAGUUCGGACUUGCGUUCAUUCCGAGCACGCUGCUGCUGCUGAACCGGCAGAAGUUGAUCUGGCUGCGCGAUCCUCCGUUGCUGUGGGGCAAGCUGUUCGAGGCGCUGAUCGUUGGUCUCGUGCUCGGCAUGAUCUACUUCAACGUGAGCUCGACGUACUACCUGCGCAUGAUCUUCUUCAGCAUCGCGCUGUUCCAGCGUCAGGCGUGGCAGCAGAUUACGAUUUCGUUCCAGCUGCGAGGCGUGUUCUACAAGCAGCGUCCUCGCAAUUUCUUCCGGACGAUGUCGUACGCGAUCGCGGAGACCGUGGUGCAGAUUCCGGUGAACCUGUCGGUGUCGUUCAUCCUGGGCACGUUCUUCUACUUCAUGAGCGGGUUGACGCGCACGUUCGAGAAGUACAUCGUGUUCUUCCUGGUGCUCGUGUGCUUCCAGCACGCGAUCGGCGCCUACAUGACGAUGCUGAGCUCGCUGUCUCCGAGUAUCACGGUGGGCCAGGCGCUGGCAGGUAUCUCGGUGAGCUUCUUCUUGCUGUUCUCGGGCAACAUCAUCCUGGCGGACCUGAUCCCGGACUACUGGAUCUGGAUGUACUGGUUCAACCCGCUGGCCUGGGCGCUGCGCAGCAACAUGCUGUCGGAGUUCUCGAGCGACCGCUACUCGCCUGCGCAGAGUCAGAAGUUCCUCGACAGCUUCUCGAUCUCGCAGGGCACGGAGUACGUCUGGUUCGGCAUCGGCAUUCUGUUGGCCUACUACCUGUUCUUCACGACGCUAAACGGUCUGGCACUUCACUUCAUCCGCUACGAGAAGUACAAGGGCGUGAGCGUCAAGGCGAUGACAGACAACUCGAGCGAGGAGGACAACGUGUAUGUGGAGGUGCGCACGCCUGGUGCGGGCGACGUCGUACAGACGAAGGCGCGCGGUGCGGGUCUCCCGUUCACGCCGUCUAACCUGUGCAUCAAGGACCUGGAGUAUUUCGUGACGCUGCCGUCGGGUGAGGAGAAGCAGCUCCUGCGCGGCAUCACGGCGCACUUCGAGCCGGGCCGCAUGGUGGCGCUCAUGGGCGCCACCGGUGCCGGUAAGACGACGCUGAUGGACGUGAUUGCCGGCCGUAAGACUGGCGGACGCAUUGUGGGCGACAUCAUCGUGAACGGUGAGCCGAAGAACCCGGCUAACUUCAGCCGCAUCACGGCUUACUGCGAGCAGAUGGACAUUCACUCGGAGGCCGCGACGAUCUACGAGGCGCUGGUGUUCUCGGCGAACCUUCGCCUGCCGCCGACGUUCUCUGAGGAGGAGCGCAUGAACCUGGUGAACGAGACGUUGGAGUUGCUGGAGUUGUCGCCGAUUGCUGGCGAGAUGGUUGGCCGCUUGUCGGUGGAGCAGAAGAAGCGCGUGACGAUCGGCGUGGAGGUGGUCGCCAACCCGAGCAUUUUGUUCCUUGAUGAACCGACGAGCGGUCUGGAUGCGCGUUCGGCUCUGAUCGUGAUGCGCGGUGUGCAGUCGAUCGCCCGCACGGGCCGUACGGUGCUGUGCACGAUCCACCAGCCCAGCAUUUCGAUCUUCGAGCUGUUUGACGGUCUGCUUCUGCUGCAGAAGGGUGGCUACACGGCGUACUUCGGUGACCUCGGCGUGGACUCGGUCAAGAUGUUGGAGUACUUCGAGUCGAUUCCGGGCACGGAGCAGAUUCGUCCGCAGUACAACCCGGCCACGUACAUGCUGGAGGUGAUCGGCGCUGGUAUCGGUCGCGACGUGAAGGACUACUCAGUGGAGUACAAGAACAGCGAGCUGUGCAGGUCGAACCGCGAGCGUACGCUGGAGCUCGCCAAGGCGUCGGGCGACUUUGUGUGCCACUCGACGCUCAACUACACGCCGAUCGCGACGGGUUUCUGGAACCAGCUCGGACACUUGGCCAAGAAGCAGCAGCUCACGUACUGGCGCAACCCGCAGUACAAUUUCAUGCGCAUGUUCCUCUUCCCGCUGUUCGCCAUCAUCUUCGGCACGACGUUCUACCAGUUGUCGGCGGGCAGCGUGAAGAAGAUCAACUCGCACAUUGGUUUGAUCUACAACAGCAUGGACUUCAUCGGCGUGAUCAACCUCAUGACGGUGCUGGAGGUGACGUGCGCCGAGCGCGCCGUGUUCUACCGCGAGCGGAUGUCGAACUACUACGGCCCGCUGCCGUACAGUCUGUCGCUGUGGUUCGCCGAGGUGCCGUACCUGAUUGUGGUGAUCGUGCUGUUUGUGACGAUCGAGUACUGGCUGGUGGGGUGGAGCUCGAGUCCGGGUGACUACUUCUUCUUCAUGUUUGUGUUCUAUCUGUACACGUCGGCGUGCACGUACGUGGGCCAGUGGAUGUCUGCUUUGAUGCCGAAUGAGAAGGUGGCGAACGUGGCUGUGGGCGCGCUGUCGUGCUUGUUUAACCUGUUCUCGGGGUACCUGCUGCCGCGCACAGCGAUGAAGGCGGGCUACAAGUGGUUCACGUACCUGAUGCCGUCGAGCUACUCUCUUGCGGCGCUGGUGGGCGUGCAGUUCGGCGACAACCAGGACAUCAUUGCCGUGACUUCGGGCAACAUUACGACCAACAUGACGGUGGCGCACUACAUCGAGAAAACGUACGACUUCCGUCCUGAGCGCAAGUACAGCUUCAUGGCUGGUCUGCUGGUGAUUUGGGUCGUGCUGCAGGUGGCCAUCUACCUCACGUUCAAGUACGUGAGCCACCUCAAGAGAUAG